AUGGGGAACGAGACUGAUGAAGAAGCAGACUUGAUGAGAAGAAACAAAAUGCUGAUGGAAGCCAUGACUGCUCAGUUGAACAAAACCAUGUUGGAGAACAUGUCAACUAUGAUGAAAGACAACAUGGAAGAAAUUAGAAGGGAGAUUAGACAAGCUACUGGUCAAGGACACAGCCGUGAAGCUGAAAGAGAAGAGCAAUCUCCACAACGCCAACGAGAGCAUGAUGGUUCACAAGAAACUGAUAACUACUAUGAGCGUAGAAGAUCCUCUUCUAGAGACAGUCGUAGGAGACCUAGGAGAGAUCACGUGGGAAGAAGGUAUCAUAGAGAUGAGUAUACUGGUCUUAAGAUCAAGAUCCCUCCUUUCCAUGGCAAGAUUGCCACUACUGAGUUUUAUGACUAUGCUUUGAGUUGGUGGGAUCAACUGGUGACUGCUAGACGUGUCAAUCAAGAGUAUCCUGUUGACUCUUGGCAAGAGAUGAAGUCUUUGAUGCGCAAGAGGUUUGUACCUAGCCACUACCAUCGUGAUCUGCACCAGAGGCUACGAAAACUGAUUCAAGGCUCCAAAACCGUGGAGGAAUACUAUCAAGAGAUGGAGUUGUUGAUGCAGAGAGCGAGUCAUUACGUUGAGCUAGAGGAGAUGCUACACAAAGCUAUCUUGGUGGAACAACAACUCAAAAGAAAGAGCUACUCUCGUUCUAGCUAUGGUACUAGCAAGUUUCAGCAUUCAAGGGAAGAGAAGCCUAGUUACCAGAAGGAGAGCAAACCUUAUCAGAAGGAUGACACUAAACCUGGCAGCAUCUUUGACAAAGACAAAGGAAAAGCAGUAGCUACGGGUUCAAAGUCUCGGGAUGUCAAGUGCUUUAAGUGUCAAGGGCGUGGACACUAUGCCAACGAAUGUACUAACAAGAAAACCAUGAUCCUUCUAGACACUGGAGAGUAUUUGUCUCAGGAUGAGAAGAUCCACACUGAACGUGAGCAAUCUGAGGCAGAGUCUGAAGAAGAACCGGUCAGAGGAAGGUUACUAGUAACAAGAAGACUUCUGAAUCUUCAAACCAAGGCAGAAGAGACUGAGCAGCGUGAGAAUUUGUUCUACACUAGAUGUCUGGUUCAAGGAAAGGUCUGUAGUCUCAUCAUUGAUGGAGGAAGUUGUGUCAACGUGGCCAGUGAGACAAUGGUGGCAAAGUUGGGUUUGAAAGUUCAGAAACAUCCAAAGCCAUACCGGUUGCAGUGGCUUAAUGAAGAAGGAGAAAUGAGAGUCUCAACUCAGGUUCUGAUUCCCAUAGCCAUUGGUAAAUACGAAGAUGAGGUUCUAUGUGAUAUACUACCUAUGGAGGCAAGCCACAUUCUUCUUGGACGACCUUGGCAAUCAGACAGGCGUGUGAUGCAUGAUGGUUAUACUAACAAGCACACCUUUGAGCAUAAUGGCAAGAAAACCGUGCUGGUGCCUCUAACUCCAAAAGAGGUUCAUGAAGAUCAACUUCAACUUCAGAAAAAGAAAAAGAUUGAUCUCAAGCCUGAUCAAAGCAAGCAACACAGUCUCUAUGCCAAAACAGGGGAGAUCAAAAGAAUUCUCUACUCUCAAAAUUCUUUUGUUUUACUCAGGUUUAAAGAGAACCUACUAACUGUUGCUAAUAAAACACCGGAAUAUCCGAGUGAACUAUCUUCUCUUUUGCAGGAAUAUAAAGAUAUCUUUCCAGAAGACAAUCCAAUUGGGUUACCUCCAAUUCGUGGGAUUGAGCAUCAGAUAGAUUUUGUUCCUGGAGCUACACUUCCAAACCGGCCAUCUUACAGGACCAACCCUGUUGAAACUAAAGAGCUACAAAAGCAAGUGGAGGAGCUUAUGGAAAAGGGACAUAUCAGAGAAAGCAUGAGUCCUUGUGCCGUUCCAAGUGCUUCUUGUGCCAAAAAAAGAUGGAACUGGAGAAU